AUGCUGUCUGCGCUGAACAGACGCAUAUAUCGAAUCCCCGUUGCGCGAACAGGCCCGUCACUUGGUGUGCUGUUCCUUCGAAAUUUCACGACUCCCUCGGUUCCUCGACUCUCGACCGCAAUCUUUGCGCAACAACAAGAAGACGAAAUGGCGACACCAGACGCCAAGGCGUCCAAAGCCCCAGCGGUUACGCUGAAGACCCCUAAGGGUACAAGGGAUUGGAGCGGACAGGACAUGUUGCUGCGUGAAGAAGUUUUCAAGAUGAUCACCGAUGUCUUCAAGAAGCACGGUGGUACUCCCUUAGAUACUCCUGUAUUUGAGUUGAAAGAGAUUCUUGCCGGAAAGUAUGGCGAGGACUCCAAACUCAUUUACGAUCUGCAAGACCAAGGCGGAGAGCUCUGCUCUCUUCGAUACGAUUUAACAGUUCCCUUCGCCCGCUGGCUGGCCAUGAACAAUAUCCAGGCUGUCAAGCGUUAUCACAUUGCCAAGGUCUACCGAAGAGACCAGCCAGCUAUCGCUCGCGGCCGGUAUCGCGAAUUCCACCAGUGCGAUUUCGACAUUGCUGGUGUCUACGAUGCCAUGAUUCCUGACGCCGAAGUUCUGCGAAUUAUCGUCGAGGUUUUCGAAGCUCUUCAGCUUGGAGUCACCAUAAAGCUCAACCACAGACAAGUUCUAGAUGGCAUGUUCGCUGUCGCAGGUGUCAUUCCGGAAAAGAUUCGAACAAUCAGCUCCGCUGUCGAUAAGCUGGACAAGAUGUCGUGGGAAGAUGUGAAGAAGGAGAUGGUCGAGGAGAAGGGUCUUGCUCCUGAGGUCGCCGACCGAAUUGGCGAGUACGUUCGUCACUCUGGCACCAUCUCUGAAACGCUUGAGCUCCUUAAGUCCAGAGAAGAAUUGGUCGCAAAUGAACAAGUCAAGCGUGGUCUCGACGACAUGACGCUUCUUGCUUCGUAUGUCAAGGCUUUUGGUAUUGCCGACAAGAUUUCUUUUGAUCUCUCACUUGCCCGCGGUCUCGACUACUAUACUGGCUUGAUUUAUGAGGUCAUCAACCUGCCCCCCAAGCCAGAGGAGGGUGCUGCGUCCGGCAAGAAGUCCAAGAAGGACGACCCUGCCAGUCAAGUCGGCAGCAUCGCUGCUGGCGGCCGUUACGACAACCUCGUUGGCAUGUAUGGCAAGCGCCAGAUCCCUUGUGUGGGCAUUUCUUUUGGUGUCGAUCGUAUUUUCACCAUCCUGGAAGCUAGGCGGAGAAAGGAAGGCCUCAAGCAAAGGCGGGAUGUUGACGUGUACGUCAUGGCUUUUGGAGGCAGUGGAUUCACUGGUCUCCUCACUGAGCGUAUGUCAGUCGUUCAGAGACUAUGGAGCGCCGGCAUUCGUGCCGAGUUCUCCCCCAAAGUCAAGCCUAAGCUGCCGCAGCAGUUCAAGGCCGCAGAGGGUGUGCCAUUGGGUGUAAUUCUGGGCGAAGACGAGCUUGCCGCGGGUCAGGUCAGACUCAAGGUCCUUGGACAAGGUGAGAACAAGGGAGACGAGAAGCCUGCGGAGAAGGAUGAUGGAAAACUGGUGUCUUUGGACGAUUUGGCGGAUGAAGUCAAAAAGCUUCUUAUUUAG